UCCAGAUUCACGGUCAAGGCACAUGGGAUAAUGGAUCAGAUUCAGGGUGUUAUAUUUAGGGUUGUUGAUUCCACCGUUCAAAAGAAACAAUAGUUAUAAAGAGGAGACUGAGGUAUGGUGUGACGAUUCGGAUUUAAGGAGACUAUAUCAAUAUAAAUCGAGAAAGACAGGAGAAAAAGAAAACAAGUGGAAGACAGGAGAAAAGGAAUACGAGCAUACAAUAUGAUACAUAUGUAAUGGGGAGACACAAUCAGAAAUCGAAAAUGGGGAGAAGUUAUUUUAAAUCCUCGAUUGUGUUCAGGGAGAACUCAAUGGUCCGAAGGGGAUGGCGAUAAAGGAUCAAUGGAUGAUUGAGAAGGAUAAAUUGGAUUGUCAACAAAUUAUGGUGCCUCCAAAUGUGGAUCACUCAAAACGUGGGAGGCCUGGUUUGGAGAAUUACAGAAUAAUUGGGUUGAUUUGGUUUAAUAAAGGACAUAUAUGGCAAUGCCCACAUGUACAAAUUCAUUUUGAAUAUUGGAAUGACCAGAAUUAGUGUGCUAUCAUUUGACAUUUUUAGGAAUGGGUUACAAAAGUGAAUUGUGGGAUUCAUUUGGGCGUGGAUAUUAUAAAUAGAGAAGGCAACUACAGAUAUAUUACAUAUUCCAGUGUAAACAUUCUGGUACUAUAUUGUUCUAAAAGUGUUGAUUUUCUUGCUUUCAAAUGUCUCAAUCUUGUUGCUUGAGUUCAAAAAUGUUGGUAACAAAGACAAAAAUACGUAUACUCCAAGGCUAAAGAUUAUUGUGCUGCAGUUUGAUUAUGGUCAUCUGAUUUAGGGGCUAUUCACUUACCCUUAUAGUGUGCUGCAUGAAUCCGACAGCACAGGACAUGAACUCUCUAUUGUUCAUGAUGCCAGGGAUCUGGAAGAUGGAUGAUAGAGUGGCUGAAGCAGAUCUUGGAAUGGGACGGUUCCAAUUUGAUCUCAACGAGGAGGAGGAUAUUAAGAUGGUGCUACAAUUAUAGCCGUAUAAUUUCAAUGGCUGUAUGGUGGUGGUUGUUCAUUGAGAACCGCUUAUGGAUCCAUUCCGAAUAUCUAUCCAGAUUCACGGUCAAGGCACAUGGGAUAAUGGAUCAGAUUCAGGGUGUUAUAUUUAGGGUUGUUUGAUUCCACCGUUCAAAAGAAACAAUAGUUAUAAAGAGGAGACUGAGGUAUGGUGUGACGAUUCGAAUUUAAGGAGACUAUAUCAAUAUAAAUCGAGGAAGACCGGAGAAAAAGAAUACAAGUGGAAGACAUGAGAAAAGGAAUACGAGCAUACAAUAUGAUACAUAUGUAAUGGGGAGACACAAUCAGAAAUCAAAAAAUGGGGAGAAGUUAUUUUAAAUCCUCGAUUGUGUUCAGGGAGAACUCAAUGGUCCGAAGGGAUGGCGAUAAGGGAUCAAUGGAUGAUUGAGAAGGAUAAAUUGGAUUGUCAACAAAUUAUGGUGCCUCCAAAUGUGGAUCACUCAAAACGUGGAAGGCCUGGUUUGGAGAAUUACAGAAUAAUUGGGUUGAUUUGGUUUAAUAAAGGACAUAUAUGGCAAUGCCCACAUGUACAAAUUCAUUUUGAAUAUUGGAAUGACCAGAAUCAGUGUGCUAUCAUUUGACAUUUUUAGGAAUGGGUUACAAAAGUGAAUUGUGGGAUUCAUUUGGGCGUGAAUAUUAUAAAUAGAGAAGGCAACUACAUAUAUAUUACAUAUUCCAGUGUAAACAUUCUGGUACUAUAUUGUUCUUAAAGUGUUGAUUUUCUUGCUCUCAAAUGUCUCAAUCUUGUUGCAUUGAGUUCAAAAAUGUUGGUAACAAAGGCAAAAAUACGUAUACUCCAAGGUUAAAGAUUAUUGUGCUGCAGUUUGAUUAUGCUCAUCUGAUUUAGGGGCUAUUCACUUACCCUUAUAGGGUGCUGCAUGAAUCCGGCAGCACAGGACAUGAACUCUCUAUUGUUCAUGAUGCCAGGGAUCUGGAAGGUGGAUGGUAGAGUGGCUGAAGCAGAUCUUGGAAUGGGACGGUUCCAAUUUGAUCUCAACGAGGAGGAGGAUAUUAAGAUGGUGCUACAAUUGUAGCCGUAUAAUUUCAAUGGCUGUAUGGUGGUGGUUGUUCGUUGAGAACCGCUUAUGGAUCCUAACUAUCCGUCAACAAUCAAGUUUUGGGUGCGCAUGAUAGGCAUUCCUUUGCACUUCUGGGCUGAACCAACUUUCAAAGACGAAGCGGAGGGAAGAGAGCUGAUCGAGAAAAAAAGAUGAUAUAUAGGCCGGAGUUGCGAGUUACAAAGGUGUUCUGGAGGGAAAGGGAAUAAAUCAUGGAGAUAUAGGGGAGUUGAUUAGAGAAAGUACGGAUGCUAUUAGGGGUAAAGGAAAGGUAUGUGGGGCUAAUGGGAGAGGAGUACUAUUAUCCUUGGAGCGGAUCCAAACAGAGCAGUGAUAAAUUUGGGGGGGGGGGGGG